AGUAUGCAAGCUGCCGGAAAGAAGAACGAGAAGAAGGAACAACUCACAACUGUUUGUUUUGGUGUAUAAGCGAAAGGCCACCACCAUUUAUUUUAACAUUUUAAUGUAAAGAUGGGGGCUUGUCUGGCAUUGUGCUCUUUAGCCAGCUGUGCCUCCUGUCUGUGUGGCUCAGCACCAUGCCUUCUGUGUGGCUGCUGUCCCUCCUCCAACAACUCCACCAUCACACGGCUGGUUUUCUCCUUCUUUUUGCUGCUAGGGACAUUGGUGUCUGUCAUCAUGAUCCUUCCUGGGAUGGAGACACACCUCCGUAAAAUCCCCGGAUUUUGCCAAGGAGGAAGUGCUAUACCUGGUUACGAAAACCAGGUUAAUUGUGAUGUCAUUGUGGGCUACAAGUCUGUGUACCGCAUGUGCUUCGCCAUGACUUGCUUCUUCUUUCUGUUCUUCGCUAUCAUGAUUCGUGUCCGUAGCAGCAAAGACCCACGUGCAGCUAUUCAAAAUGGGUUCUGGUUCUUUAAAUUUCUGAUCCUGAUUGGGAUUACAGUGGGAGCUUUCUUCAUCCCUGACGGAACCUUUCAUGCUGUGUGGUUUUACUUCGGAGUAGUGGGAUCCUUCAUCUUCAUCCUAAUCCAACUUAUUCUUCUCAUCGACUUUGCCCAUUCCUGGAACAAGGUGUGGGUAGAAAAUGCUGAAAAUGGUGACAACAAAUGCUGGUUUGCAGGCCUGCUGUCUUUCACCCUCAUCCACUACGCUCUGGCUAUCACUGCUGUGGUGCUUUUCUACGUCUACUACACGCAGCCUGACGACUGCACAGAGCACAAGGUCUUCAUCAGCCUCAACCUUAUCUUGUGCAUCAUCAUCUCUGUUGUCUCCAUUCUGCCCAAGAUACAGGAAGCUCAGCCACACUCUGGUUUGCUCCAGGCUUCACUCAUCUCCCUCUACACCAUGUAUGUCACUUGGUCUGCAAUGACCAACAAUCCAAAUCGCAAGUGUAACCCCAGCCUGUUGAGUCUAGUGUCAAACGUCACCACUGAACCAUCUGCUGACGGCGCCCCAGGACAGGUGCAGUGGUGGGACGCUCAGGGCAUUGUUGGUUUGAUCAUUUUCCUCUUCUGUACUCUCUAUGCCAGCAUCCGUUCGUCCAGUAACACCCAGGUAAACAAGCUGAUGCAGACAGAGGAGGGCGGCGGUUCAGGUGGAGAGGGUGUUAUGGGAGAGGACGGCAUACGCAGAGCCGUGGACAAUGAGGAGGAGAAAGUCUCUUACAGCUACUCCUUUUUCCACUUCCACCUCUGUCUGGCCUCUCUGUACAUCAUGAUGACUCUCACCAACUGGUACCAGCCAGACACCACUACCCAGGCCAUGCAGAGCAGUAUGCCAGCUGUGUGGGUGAAGAUGAGCUCCAGCUGGCUGGGCCUGGGGCUCUACCUCUGGACCCUCAUCGCCCCCCUCAUCUUCCCUGACAGGGAUUUCAACUGAGUACGCCUUGUCUUCUAGCUGUAUUUGAUUGUUUGUUUGUGUUCUUGCCUAGUGCAUUAGGCAGUGUGAAGGAUGCUAUGAAGGAAACUGUAAGGAUGUUAUCAAGGACAUGUUUUGUAUUCCUCUUUCAAGUAAUUGCCUCUGCUGUUAUUGUGAUGUGUUGUUUUACUUCUUCCAGUAUGAUUAUUUAGUGUGCCAGUCACUACAGAUUUUGUUAAAGUUAUUUUCUUUGCCGAUGGCAUCUUUGUCAACUCCCUACCUUCCACAUGUAGUCUGACCUAUCACAAAGACUCAACAAGGCACUUUCUCGAUACCUCAGACAUUUCAGAAACAGAUUCCCUUUUGAGGGCCUAUGAGAUCUGACUUCUCUGAUUGGCCAGGUCUGGAAUCCCUGAUUAGCUGGACUCUUUAAGUGCUGGGGGCAACGAGGGGAACCCUCCUUCUGAGCCCCAGAGUGAGUUGAGUGUGAGAGUUAGAUAAGACUAAUAUGACACGCCCUACAGAUCAUAACAGGGCUUCCCUUUUGCUGCAUUGCUGUAUGCAAAUUCCACGUCAUUACACCUUAUGCCAGAGAGUCUUAAUAGACCAAAAGUCUAAUCGCAGCUCUUCCUCGUCUACUUCAACAUAGGGUAAUUUGUCUCUGGUGCUACACCUUUCCAUGUCUGACUGUGUUUGGCCUUGUACAGCCACAGGCAACAAUCCGUACCUGUAUAACAGUCUGUUUGCAGCAGGGAGACAUGAUGUAUUGAUCCAUAGCAGUCAGCAUCAUGCGAUGUGCAGUGGUACGCUUCAGGAGGUGAUGGCGUGAACCCCUCAAUAUCACAAAUGCCAUUAUUUCCAGAGUGUUGCAGAGCGUGUUAUUGAAUUGAUGGGGGGGAAAAAGGAAUUUUUCAAUUGUUACAGUGUACGAAACAAUAAUGGCGCAUUUCAGAAAUGAUCAAUUGCUGUUUAAUGGUAUUGACUUUCAUAGUAUCUCGAUGGUUGUGAUGGUGGUACAAUCAUUUUAUGCAUUAUAUAGUGGUUACCUCAAUUUCAAUAGGAAUGGAAUAACUUAAAAUAAGAGUAGUGUGUUUUGUACUUGUGAAAAAAAUUUUGUUGGUAAAAUCCUGGAACGGUUAUCGUUUGGCUGUUAUUUUCUUUUCAAACAUUUCACUGCCCUAGACUGACUAGAGUCUUGCGAUAAAUUUGAAUCUUUUUUUUUUAAAUACAUUUUUAAUUUUGUCGAAUGUUUUGUACAUUUCACCAUUAUCGCACUACUGAAUUAUUUAGGCAGAACAGGUCAUAACAUGUAAUAUUUAAAAACACUAUUAAGUGCCUUUUUGUCCGUUUAAAAAAAAAAUAAAAAAUUAACACUAAUGCUGACGUAUGCUUAUUACGCCUUGCCUUGCAUUGUGCUGAGUCAGUAAUUACAUGCAAAUAAGGCAUAGGCCUAUGACAUGAAUUAAUAUUGUAAUUAAUGUAUACACACUUUUUAAUAAAGAUGGAAAUGCUGUAACUCA